CGUAGUGUUGACGGACUGACCGAGAAAGCGAGAAAGCGAGCCGAGCAGCAAGAAAACAAGCAAGCAGCACGAGACAGCGUCUGAGCGAAGUUGUUUUAGUCGCUUUAUCGGAUAAGAAAACUAUGUCCCGUGCAGCGGAUAGACUGAAGAUGGUUUUUAAUCAUCUGGAUCGAUCGACAGUUCAUGUCACAUCGACCCCUGUGUCUACGCACCUAGCGUCAAACUGCUACAAUCAUACGCUAAGGUACACGCUGGACAGUGAUGCCCUGUCUCUGGAGCAGAGACUCUCUUAUGAGGAGAACGGCUUCAUCCUCGUCAGGAACCUGGUGUCCGAGGAGGACAUCGACCGAUUCAGGGCAGAGUUCGAGCGGGUCUGUAAGAGGGAGGUUCAGGUCCCGGGUUUGGUUGUGAUGCGAGAUGUGGCCAUCACAAAGGCGGAGUUUGUUUCGGGCCAGAAGGCUGUGACUAAGCUGCAGGACUUUCAGGAGGAUCCUGAGCUGUUCCGCUACUGCUGCCUGCCCCAGAUCCUGAAGUAUGUGGAAGCCUUCACUGGACCGAACAUCAUGGCUAUGCACACCAUGCUAAUCAACAAACCACCUGACACAGGUAAGAAGACCUCUCGCCACCCGAUGCACCAGGACCUGCAUUACUUCCCGUUCCGGCCGGUGGACCGGAUUGUGUGCGCCUGGACCGCCAUGGAGCGGGUGAACCGGAGGAACGGCUGUCUGGUGGUCCUGCCCGGGACCCACACUGGAUCUCUGCUGGAGCAUGAUUACCCAGAGUGGGAGGGUGGGGUCAACAAGAUGUACCAUGGUAUCCGUGGCUACAGCCCAGACCUUCCCAGAGUGCACCUGGAGAUGGAGAAAGGAGACACUGUGUUUUUCCACCCCCUGCUGAUCCACGGUUCUGGAAUGAACCAGACGCAGGGAUUCCGCAAGGCCAUUUCCUGUCACUACGCUGGUGCAGACUGUCACUACAUCAACGUGUGGGGAACCACACAGGAGAACAUUGAGAAGGAAAUUAAAGAACUGGCUGUGCAGAAGUACAGUGUGGAUAACACGAUCACACUUCAGGACGUGUGGGCUUUUAAGGGUCGUCUGGUGCAAGGAGAGAGGACUUUGCUGUGAACACACACACUCUCACUCACACACUCUCACUCACACACACUCGCACAUGCACACUCGCACAUGUACACACACACACACACACACACACUUCAACCUGAAUCUCACCCAAACAGGUGUUCACGGUGUGUCACUUACUGCCUAUAUUUAAUGGUGUGUUCAAUAGCUAAACUUUUGAUUGUUGAAAGUUAAAGGGGACCUGUACCCAAAACGAGCAUAUGCCUAGAUCUGUUCAAUAUAUCAUAAAAUAACUUUUCCCAUUCUCGUGAGCUAAAUAAGUCAGGCAUAACGACAUACUUUAUUUAUUUUAUCGGACUACGUCGGUCCCGUAACACUUCAGUGAGCGACAUAUUGCCCAGUACUUCACAAAGGUGUGAACCAGGAGCCAGUGCAUGUCUUGUGCGAUCCUCUCCAGCCAGCAAUCAUCUGAAUCGUCACUUUCUCCACCCGAGCAUACUAAAUAGGGAUAAUCCCUCUUCAGUGGUUCAUACAAAUAACCAGUUGAAAUUUCGGAAUAAUUUUUGCCGCUCAUAAUGAUGCCUAGAUUCUGCGUAUAUACUCCACUGUCCUGACAUUGGAUUGAAUGGUUUCCGGUUUCAGCUUCAACGACCGUUUGAGCUUCAACGACCGUUUGAGCUUCAACGACCGUUUGAGCUUCAACGACUGUUUGAGCUUCAAUGACUGUUUGAGCCGUUACGGGACCAAAGUAGUCCUAUAAAACAAUUGAAAUAUGUUAUUAUGUGUGACUUAUUUAGCUUACAGGAAUGAGAAAAGUUAUUUUAAUGCAUGAAUGGCUUUGCUGUCUUAGGCCGGGACUGUGAUUCACACUUUGGUGCCUUAAACUGCUGAUUAUCUGAUUAGGAUGUUGUUUCCUAGAUAAGCCUUUGUUGCACUCACAAAAUAUGCUGCAGGUGCACACAGCCAAUAAUAAACUGUAAAAGACCGUC